AUGGCGUCAGUUUUAUUACAUGUAUCUUUCUUGCUUCUUUUAAAAGAUUUUCUAUUUUCAUUUUUUUUUAUUUCCAUCUUUCUUUUCUAUUUCUUUGUAUAUUCCUUCAUCUUCUUUCUUUCUUUUUCGUUCCCUCUUUCUUUGUCUUUUUUAUUCUUUUCCUUUUUAAUACUUUAUAUUUCCUUCCAUAAUUCGACUUCAAUACAACCGUUAUUUCUUUUUUUUCUUUCAUUUUUCCUUCUCUCUUUUCCUUUUUUUAUACAUUUUCUUAUUCUUUCUAUAUUUCAUCUUAAACUCAGUCUUUCUUAUCUUGGAUUUCAUUUUGUUUUGUUUGUUUCUUUCUUCCUAUCUUUCCUUUUUAAUACAUUUUCUUAUUCCCUUCCAUUUUUCAUCUUAAAAUCUGUCUGUCUUUCUUCCUACUUUCCUGCCUCUUUUCUUCCUUGUUUUAUAUUUCUCUUUCUUUAUUUUUCUUUUUCUUUCUUUCUUUAUUCCUUUAUUUUCCGUUUUAAUACAUUUUCUUAUUUCUACUUCAACUCAAUUUUUUCUCCUUUUUUCUUUCCUUCUUUUCGUUUUAAUACAUUUUUUAUUUCUUUCCUUAUUUCGACUUUACAUUUUUAUUCCUUCCUUUUUUUUUUCUUCCAUUCCUCAUUCUUUCUAUUUUUCCUCCACUUACAUCUUCACAUUUCCGGCAUUCUCGUAUUCUUCCUUUCUUCCUUCCUCAAUUAUUUUCUUAUGUCUUUUCGUCUUUUGAUGUUUGCUCAUUCUCUUCUCUCGUUAUUUUUACUUAUGCAAAGGUCUUCAUCCUUUUCCCACAGUUCUUUUUCUUUCAACCUUUUCUUUCAUUAUUUACCUCAUUCUUCCAAUAUCAUCCUUUACUUCUAUCUUCAAUAUUUUCCCUCUAUUCUCUGUAAACAAAUAUUUGAUUUAUUUCCCUUAAAUUAUCAUAUUUCUUACUCCUUCUUCAAUCCAAUAACAUCUUUUUUUCUUUCGAAUGCUUUUUUUUUCUUUUACUGA